AUGGGAAAUUUCAAGAGUAAACCAACGCCGAGUCUAGAUGGAGCAUCGAGCUCCUCCACCACAACAAAGAGUCGGGCCAUUGAUAAACAAAUUAAAGCAGACCAGAAGCGUAUGAAAAAGGAAGUGAAAUUGCUGUUGCUCGGUGCUGGAGAGUCUGGAAAAUCAACAGUGUUGAAACAGAUGAGAUUAAUACAUGCUUCUGGAUUCAAAGCGAGCGAAAGAGAGGGAUUUCGCAUUGUCGUAUUUUUUAACAUAUUCAACACCAUCCAGACACUACUGGAAGCCUUAGAAGUAUUAGAUUUAGAGUUGACUGAUCCAACUUCCAAGAGCUAUGCCAGUCUAUUCAUAGAUAUCCCUUCAUUAGAAGAAAACCAACCAUUUCCUGGAAUAUACCACGAACCACUAAAGCACCUGUGGAAUGACGAAAGUAUACAAAUCGCCUUCAGGAAGGGCAACAUGUUUGCACUGCAUGACAACAUAUCCUAUUUCUUUGGAAAGAUCGACACAUUAUGGGAUCCCAAAUAUAUGCCAACCGACCAAGACAUCAUUCGUUGUAGAGCCAAAACAACUGGCAUUGUUGAAACUACAUUCCAUCUUGGUCCACUCAUCUACCGUAUGUUUGAUGUGGGUGGUCAGAGAAGCGAGAGAAAGAAAUGGAUUCAUUGCUUUGACAAUGUAACUGCCAUUUUGUUUGUGGUGGCUAUCAGUGGCUAUGAUCAGUGUCUAGCUGAAGACCGAGAUUCUAAUCAGAUGCACGAAGCACUCAUGUUGUUUGAUACAACAUGUAACUCACACUGGUUUGUGAAAACCUCCAUGAUUCUACUGCUGAACAAGAUCGAUAUCUUCAAGAAGAAAAUCACGUAUUCGCCCAUAGCUGACUACUUUCCAGAUUACAGCGGCCUAGUAGAAAACUACGAUACAGCUAGACAUUACUUUAAAAACAAGUUCCAACGACUGAAUCACAAGCCAGACAAGCGAGUGUAUGUGCAUUUCACAGAUGCAACAGACACAACUCUUUUACAGCAUGUUAUGAUGGCAGUAUCUGAUAUCAUCUUGAAUGAAAAUUUGAGAAGCAUAAUGUUGUAG